AUGAAGCUCGCCACGUCUUUCAUCGCCCUCCUUCCACUGGCCGUGGUCGUAACGCCGAUUACCUCUCCUGACCCUGCAGCAGAGGCCGUCGCAGACCUCCUCCCUCGAGCCACGGUGUGCUACCUCAAUUCCGAUGCCCUCAAGAAUGAUCCUCAGGGUUGCGACACCAGCCCUACCAGCGGUGUCCGCCACCGAGGUGUAACGGGUGGCGACCGCUUCAGCGUUGUUCACAGUGCACUCGCACGCGUCCUGAAGCGUCCCGUAUACGCCAUCGACACGCGAAACCACGGCGAAUCCCCCCACGAUAAGGUCCACAACUACACCGCCCUCGCCGAAGACGUAGAAGCCUUCCUCCAGAAGCACGAGCUGAAGAAUGCGACACUCAUAGGCCACUCGAUGGGCGCGAAGACAGUCAUGACCAUGGCGCUGAGGAACCCAGACUGCUGCGCAAACAUCAUACCAGUGGACAAUGCACCAGUGGAUGCGGCGCUAUCAAGCGACUUCCCCAAGUACGCAGAAGGCAUGCAGCACGUUGAGAGGUCACAGCCCAAGAGCCAAAAGGAGGCAGAUAAGCUGAUGGAGCCUUACGCAAAGGACCUACCAGUUCGCCAAUUUCUAUUGACGAACCUGAUGAGGGGUGAGCCAGGGGCGCCGCUCAAGUUUCGCAUACCUGUGAGCAUCCUCACCAAGGCGCUCGACAACAUGGCCGACUUCCCCUUCACCAACCCCGAGGAGGCCUCGUUCAGCAAGAGAGCUCUCUUCAUUCGAGGCACCAAGAGCCACUACGUGAGCGACGAGACACUGCCCAUCAUUGGUCGAUUCUUCCCAAGGUUCGAAUUAGUGGACAUAGACUGUGGCCAUUGGGUCAUUAGUGAGAAGCCCGAGGAGUUUAUCAAAGCGGUUGUGGAUUUCUUACAGGAGAAGGAGUAG